AUGCUUCAGCAAGUACCCGACAAAGAAACUCAAAAUAAUACUAAAACACAGUCUAAACAGGCCCGACGGAGGCGUAAAAGAAAGUUUGCUGCUACUCAGAAAAGUGGUAGAAAAGAAAUAAAAACAAAGAACCCCAAAUUUUUCUCUGCAAUGAGUACAUGGGCGGAGAAUUUCACUGUGGCAGCAACAUGGCAAUUAAAACACCAGAUUGCAUAUUGGAAAGCAAAAGCAAAGGCCUUGGAAUACGAAAACGAAAUUUUACAUGAAAUUAUUCGAAAAAAUAAUUUUGUUGACAAUGUCUCAAUCGAUAAACGGAAGACACCGGAUGAAACUGAGACACAUGUUAAUAAUUUAGGCCAGUGGACUGAAACGUAUGAAGAUAGCCAGGAGGGUGACAUCUAUGAAGAUAGCCAGUACUACGAAAACUGUGAAGAUGAUCAGGAGGAUGAGCUUGAAGUGAGUGAGGAAUUCAUCCAAUUUUUGACCGCAAACGCGAAAUAUAAAGAAGACGCUAGGAGGGAACGAGAGCGAUUGCGCGCUAGAGUACAAGCGGAAGAAUCUUUGCAACGGGAACCACAGGAAACUACUGAGGAGAAACAGGCCAAACUCAAGGAGUUAUAUGGCAGUCACUGGCAGAGGAUAUCGGCUUUAGAGAUUGCAUUACAGUCACAAUUCAUUCACGAUGUUGAUAAGGAUAAGGCAAUUUAUUGGCCAAAUGUACCAUUAAAUUUU